ACAUCCUACUGCUAGUUCAGAAACCCAAAACAAUGGCGAUAUUGAUCCAGAGUUUCUUGCAGCUCUUCCACCUAACAUCCGAGAAGAAGUUCUUGCUCAACAACGUGUCCAAAGGCUGCAUCAAUCACAAGAGCUGGAAGGUCAACCCGUUGAAAUGGAUACUGUCUCCAUCAUAGCCACCUUCCCUUCAGAGCUUACCAGAGUCAUGUGAUGUAUUCUCGUUCUCAGUCCUUCGAUGGUGUACCUCCUUUGGUAUCCCGGCGUGUUCUGGAGACUCUAACGUAUUUGGCUCGCAAUCACCCUUAUGUUGCCAACAUUUUGCUUCAGUUCAAGCUACCCACACCAUUUUCGCUAGACUCCGAAAAAGCACGUGGCAAGGCUGUCAUGAUUAAUGAAGAUGAUAAUGUGGAACGGCCAAGCCAUCAACUUGGAUCUUAUGCAAUUGCUCUGUUAUUAAGUCUUUUAAAUCAGCCACUUUAUUUGGGAAGUAUAGCACAUCUUGAGCAGCUUCUAAAUUUAUUGGAUGUCAUCAUUGAUAAUGCUCACAAAAAAUCUAGUUUAUCUGUCGAAUCUGGGGUAUAUGCAUCUAAACAAGUUUUGCAGAUCUUCACAUCAGGUGCUGAUAUAAAUACUGGAGCAGCAGGCCUAACUUCUGGGUCUGACAUUGUGCCAGCUUCCUCAUCCAAGGUUGAUAAUUCCUUAAAGCCAUCCACCAGUAGCAUUGCAGAAUCUGAUACCGAGGAAAUAUUGAUCUCUGAUAUGCUUGUGGUCUUGGACAUAUUCUUAAUUGUUAAUAUUGUAGUUUUUCUUUAUAUUGACUCGCCUCUUGUUAUUUGCAUCUUGUUAGAUAACGCUUAUUCCACAGCAGCAGAGUUCCUUAAGAAAUUUGAAUCAGAAAGAAUGCAGGAGCUAAUGGCUCAAUGUGGUGGUGGCGGCGCUGUAAGGACCUACUUUGUUUGA